CCUCCCAUGUGCAUGGGAGAGUCUAUUUUUAUUUCUGGGUCCUGCUAUCUUUAGUAAUUUAGAUAGAUAUCCUUUCCUUAUCUCCUCAUAUCGCAGCUCUACUCAACCACCCCCCCGACCUCAUUCAUAUCCACUGCUGCCUGCCCCCCAGCAUCCAGCACACGCCAAGGAACCUACUUACUGCAUACCCCACCAAGAAUGUAACACAGUUUGACCUCACCAGCAUACGAACUGACACAAAAAGCAAGGCUCAUUUAUUUGCCAACCACUGCGUUGACCGACUACUCCACCAACCCCCGCAGUGUCUGUCUGCCCUCGGGAUCUUCGCCCGAAGUCCGGCCCAUCGUACCGCAGUUUUCCUUCCAGAGAAGGUUUAUCGUGUUGACUCACCUAUUCAUCCGCCUUCAACUUUUGCGCAUCACACCGCACACACAUUGCCCACACACCGGACAGAGUAUACCGCAGCACAAUGACUACACAAUUACGUUCCCCCGUAGGGAAACCACUCACCCUUGCUUUCAUCGGAUGCGGAAACAUGGGCUCCUCCAUCCUCAGCGGCCUUCUCGACGCAACCCGCACGCAAGAAGGCAAAAUCGGACACUUCAUCGUAAGCACCAAAACAGCCUCCUCGGCGUCCCGCCUCCAACAACAAUACGCGGCGGAUUUAUUCCGGGUGGACAUCGCGCACGACUCGAAUCUCCUCGCUAUCCGCGAAGCGGAUAUUGUUCUCCUCGCGUGUAAACCGUUCCUCGCGAAGGGGAUUCUCUCGGCGCCGGGGAUUGCGGAGGCGUUGGUGGGGAAGUUGGUGAUUAGUAUUAUGGCGGGGAUGACGGUGGGGGAUAUUAGGGGGUGUAUUGGGGGUGGGGAUGGGGAGGCAGGACGGGUGCGGAUUGUGAGGGCGAUGCCGAAUGUUGCGGCGAGGGUGAGGAGGAGUAUGACGAUUGUUGAGGUUCCCGACGGGGUAGGGAUUGGGGAGGAGGAGUUGGAGAUUGUGAAGUGGGUGUUUGGGGUGAUUGGGACGGUGAAGAUUUUGACGCCGGAUUUGUUUGAUGUCGGGACGAUGUUGGUGGGGGCGGGGAUGGGGGUCAUGACGGUGCCGGUGGAGGGGUUGUUGGAUGGGUGUGUGGUGGAGGGGUUGAGGAGGGGGGAGGCAUUGGAGAUGGCGGCGAAGAUGUUGGAGGGGAUGGCGGCAUUGUUGAGGGAGGGGAAGCAUCCGGCUGUUUUGAGGGAGAGUAUUUCGUCGCCGAGGGGGUGUACGAUUCAGGGAGUGAUGACGGUGGAGAGGGCGGGCGUGAGGGCGACGUUUGCGGAUGCGGUGAUUGAUGGGACGAGGCAUUUGAGGGGGGAGAAAUAGACUGGCUGUUUGAUUAGAUUAGGGUUGAUAGAGAGGGACAAAGUGGAUAGAGAUAGAUCGAUAGAUAGUUUACUUAUAGAUGAACCCUGACAGAUAGAUAGAUACAUGAUAAUAAGAUAUCCC